AUGACGAGUCUUCAAGUGAGUGAGAUGGUCUCCGGGCUGAAGUCUCGCCAUGCGGAGACUAGACAUAAAGCGAUUCGAGAAUUAUUGCAUUUCACAAAAACAGAUCUUAGAGAAAUGUCCCCAGAGGUAUUGACGCAAGUACUGGAUGAUUUUAAUCAACAGAUACAUGCAUUAACCUCCAGCUAUGACAACAACGAGAAGAAGGCAGGGAUUUUAGCCAUAGUCUGUUUGAUUGGAGGAGAUACAGAAAUAUCAAAAGCAAGAAAUAUCCGCUAUGCAUACUACUUGAGAAAUGUUUUCCCUUCUACUGAUUUAAGUGUUUUAGAAUUAGGAGCUAAAACUAUGGGCAAACUUGCUGUUACUCUUGGUAUCAAAAGAGUUGAAUAUGUAGAAUAUGAAAUAAAAAGAUCAUAUGAAUGGCUCUUAGAAGAAAGAAAUGAAGGAAAACGACUAUCUGCAGUUUUGAUAUUAAGGGAAUUGGCAAUUUCUAUGCCAUCCUAUUUCUUUCAGCAUAUAAAUGGUUUCUUUGAUCAUAUUAUGGUUGCUCUUCGAGAUCCAAAAGAUCAAAUUAGGGAGGCUGCAGGCAAAGCAUUAAGGGCUGCUCUUGUGAUUACUGCUCAAAGAGAAAAUCCUGAACAAAGCAAUAAGGCUCACUGGUAUAUUCAGAGCUACGAACAAGCCGUGAUAUCUUUCACUGAUCAGACUGGAAGAGAAAGAAGUCUCAGCAGGGAUGACCAUGUGCAUGGUGCUCUUAUAAUACUAAAUGAACUCCUAAGAUGCUCAAAUGCAACUUGGGAGAAAAAGUAUACAUCUUUAAUGCAAAAGCUGGAUUCUGAGCAGGAGUUAAAUGAUGAAGUACCCUUAAUGAGCUCAAAGCUACAACGCUCUUGGGCAGCUCAACAGUUUCACAAUGAUAGGGGUCAACAUACAGUAAUUUAUGAAUCGAGUAUUUGUAAAAAACUGAUUACAGAGAUGUAUGAGAAAAUUUGUUCAGAUGUCAUGGCGCAACAGAUAUCGCGUGCUAACAACGUCCACCAAAAACUUCUCUUAAUGAUACCAAGAUUAGCUGCCUUUGACAGGCAUGCAUUCACCAAAAAACAUCUCAAGUCUACUAUUAAUCAUUUAAUAACCUUUUUACGAGGUCGAGAAAAGGAGAAAGCAAUGGCAUUCACCACAUUAGGCCUUAUUUGUGUUGCAGUAGAGACUGACGUACUACAAUAUUUAGAAAGAAUCAUAGAAAUUAUCAAACUGAGUUUACCACUCAGAGACACCCCAAAGAAACGUAAUGGUACUGACACUCCAUUAUUUAAUUGUAUAACUCUGUUAAGUUUCGCUAUGAAAGAAGACGUUGCUAAUGAAGUCAAAGAACUACUAGACCCUAUGUGUGCAACUGGUUUGAGCCCACAACUCACUACAUGUUUCAAAGAACUUAGUCUCAAUCUGCCUACUCUAAAAAAAGAAAUAACAGAUCGGUUACUCAAUAUGUUGUCAUUAAUAUUGCGAAAGAAACCAUACACAAGUGGUAGUACAUGCUCUGGUUUCUUUGUUGGAAGCAAACAAGUAAAUGAGGAAAAUCAAAUAGUUCACAUGUUUACUACUGCUAUGUUGGUUGAACCCCAUGAUGCUACCAAGCUGGUGCUAGCUUUACGCACACUUGCCUCAUUCGACUUUGAGUGGAACAACACACUAAUGUCUUUUAUAAGAAGGUGUACGGACCACUACCUUCUAAGUGAACAACAUGAUGUUAGAAUAGAAGCUGUGAAGACUUCUGCAAAAUUAUUAAUGAAAGCUGUUGAAAGAUGUGCUCAAACAAAUUCUCGAACCCUAAAUGUUAUAGUAGAUGAGUCUCUUGGGAAACUGCUGUCUGUAGGCCGUUCAGAUUUUGAUCAUGAAGUUCGAUACCGAGUGUUAGAAUUGUUCACAAAUCCCGUCUUCGAUAGAUAUUUAGCCGUAGAAGAACACCUAAAUUGUCUAUUUGUUGCCAUCAAUGAUUCUAAUAAUGACGUGAGUGAAUUAGCUCUCUGUAUAGUCGGAAGGCUCAGCAACCUAAACCCUAGUUACACAAUACCAACAUUACGUCAACUAUUUGUACAAGUUUUAAUGGAAUUACAACAUUCUGAAUCAACACGGAAUAAAGAACAGGCACUCAGAAUGAUUAACAAUAUUAUUUCGCACGCUCCGAGGAUUACACGGCAGUUUGUGGAUACUAUACUCAAUGUUCUUGUACCAAAAUUGAAAGAAGAGGCUAGCAAUCCUACAAUGGUUUCCAUAAUAUUGAAGGCUCUAGGUGAUCUUGCUGAAGUGAACGGUGGUGGAAAUGCCCUCAAUCAAUGGCUACCACAACUUACGUCUAUUCAGAUUGAAAUUCUUUCCGAUCCUAACCAACUGGAAAAGCGAAGUGUGGCUCUUUGGUCUUUCGGUCAAGUGGUGAGCGCGACUGGUCACGUAGUCUCGCCUUACAUGGAAUAUCCACAUUUAAUGGACUUGCUUUUAAACUUUUUAAAAACAGAACAGCAGACAAGAGAGAGAAGUGAAACUAUUCGCGUCCUUGGCUUAUUAGGAGCUUUAGAUCCAUACAAACACAAAGUUAAUCAAGGACUUAUUGAUUUUCAAACAGUCUCAACUUUGAUUCCAGCAACAAAUGCCUCAACAAAUGAUAUUCUUGAUACCAACAUAAAUGAAAUGGUAGUUAACAUGUCACCCCUUAUUCUUGACGAAUUUUAUCCAGCAAUUGUUCUUACAUCAUUGAUGAAAAUGCUUCGCGACCCAAUGUUGACACAGCAUCACACUAACGUCGUACAUUCAGUGACAGUUAUAUUUCAGACUCUUGGCAUAAAAUGUGUGCCUUAUAUAUCUCGAGUGACACCAAACCUCUUAUAUGUCAUAAGAGCAACAGACAAUAGUAACUUCCGUGAAUUUCUGUUAACUCAGCUGGCGCAAUUAAUAUCCGUUGUGAAAAUACACAUUCGAAAUUACUUGGAGGAUAUAUUUGAUCUAAUUAAGGAAUAUUGGACACCCAAUAGUAAUUUGCAAUCUACCCUCAUAAUGCUAGUUGAACAUAUAACAGUUGCUAUUGGAACUGAGUUUAAAGUCUAUCUUCGGAAGAUACUACCUAACAUUUUAAGGGUACUGAAGUAUGAUAACAGCAAAGAUAAAAUGUUAACGGAAAAACUAUUAUUAGCAAUUCAGAAGUUUGAAAAUAAUCUGGAUGAUGUACUGUUGUCUAUAGUGCCUGCAAUAACUAGCCUUUUUGAUGGUAGGAAUAUUCCGAUGUCUAUUUCCAAGUUAGCUAUGGAAACUAUUGGACAUUUAUCUAUGUAUUUGUACUUUAGGCCUUACUCAUCCGUUAUAAUUCAGGCUCUAGCAAAAGUUCUGGACAACAAUCCGAUGUUAAGACCCACAGCAAUGAACACGCUGUGUGCCUUGAUUGUGCAACUUGGGCGCGAGUAUAUCGAUUACAUACCAUCUGUGGAUAGAAUAUUGAUAAAACAUAAGAUACAAUGUCCUAAUUACAUUGUUUUGGUGACGAGGUUACAAGCUAUAUCCACAUUGGCAUCAGAUGACAAUUACUUGGACGAAACUCGAUUAAGGUUAAGGAACCAAAAGACUGAUCGUGGUCUUGGUGAUAUGCAAACUAUUCCAAAAUUGACUUUGAAAGUGCAAAACUUAAGAAAAUGCUGGUCAAUCAAUAACGUGAUUUCUAAAGAAGAUUGGAUGGAAUGGCUUAGAAGAUUAAGCAUUGGGUUUUUGACUGAAUCCAACAGUCCGGCUAUCAGAGCCUGCUCUUCUCUUGCACAUAACUACCCGCAACUGUCAAGUGAACUGUUCAACGCAGCACUUAUGUCGUGUUGGACGGAGCUUGAUGAUGGGGCUCGAAAAGAACUUGUUGUAGCCCUUGAGAAUGCCUUAACGGUACCCGAUACACCUGAAGUUUCGCUUGCUGUACUGAACCUAGCUGAGUUCUUAGAACACUGUGAAAAGGGCCCUUUGCCUAUACCUAUAAAAUUACUUGGCGAUACAGCAAUUACCUGCAGAGCUUAUGCAAAGGCGUUAUAUUAUAAGGAACAAGAAUACAAAAGAAACCCGUCCAAACAAGUUAUAGAAUCCCUAAUACACAUAAACAACAAACUUCAAAGAAAGGAGACAAGUAAUGGGUUACUGGAGAAAGUAAUCAUGCAAAAGAAAAAUGGCGAUACUUCUCUAAAUGUUCACGCGCGGUGGUAUGAAAAACUGCAUAAUUGGGAGCAAGCUUUAGAUCUAUACAAUAAGAAGUUGGAAAUUGAACCUCAAGACGAUGACUCUCGGUUGGGGAUGAUGAGGUGUUUGGAAGCAUUGGGAGAGUGGAGGAAACUAUAUAAUAUUACAUCUGAGCAGUGGGAUACGAUGUCAGAAACCUUUAAGAAGAAGUCAGCUAAAAUAGCCACAGCAGCAUCUUGGGGACUACAGGAAUGGGAUUCAAUGAAAAAAUAUGUCAACUCUGUCAAUGAAGACAGUCAAGAAGGAGCUUUUUACAGAGCUAUUAUUGCUAUUCAUGAAAGCCAAUGGUCAGAGUCCAGGCAUUAUAUUGAUUCAGCCAGAAAUCUCUUAGAUAUUGAACUGACCACCGUUGUUGGUGAAAGCUACCAAAGAGCAUAUGGUGCGCUUGUCAAUGCGCAGCUCUUGACCGAAUUGGAAGAAGUAGUGACAUAUAAAUUAGUUGAAGAGAGAAGAAAUCCGAUACGCAAAUGUUGGUCCAGAAGACUGCAAGGGGGUCAAAGAUUGGUCGAAGACUGGCGCAAAAUGCUCCAAAUACGCAGCUUAGUAAUGUCUCCGCGCGAAGAUUUCCAGACUUGGCUUAAAUUCGCAUCAUUGUGUAGAAAAAUGGGCGCUAUCAAUCAAGCUCAAAAAAUAGUUCUCUCUAUAAUAGGUUGCGAUCCCAUAACUAACCCUGACGUGUUGCUUCGCAUGCAGGAUCCUAGAAUCGUACUUGCUUAUAGCAAAAACUUGUGGGAUGUUGGCAAUAAACGUUAUGCUUAUGAUGUUCUCCAAAGAUUCGUAGAUAAUUCCGAACCUGACAAUGAGGAACAAUGUCGAUUGUUGGCAAGAUGUCAUCUUAAGUUAGGAUCUUGGUGCGAGUCCCUUCAAGAAAUCAAUGAGUUGUCAAUACCUGAAAUAUUAAGAAACUACGCAGCAGCUACCAAUCUCGCGCCCGAUUGGUACAAAGCGUGUCAUGUUUGGGCUUGUAUGAAUUUCGAAACAGUUCUCUUUUACAAACAGCAAGACAACAUAUCUGAGAGUAGCCUUGCUGGAGGUUCUGGUGAGAAAAAAGUUUCUAGAGCAGACUUUAUUAAUACAUAUACUAUCCCAGCUAUUGAAGGGUUCUUUAAAUCUAUUAGUCUAUUAAAUGGCAGUGCGCUACAGGAUACGCUUAGGUUGCUGACACUGUGGUUCGAUCACGGCCAUCAUCCGACUAUUUAUGACGCUCUAUUUGAAGGAAUUAGGCAAAUCGAUGUUAAGAUAUGGUUACAAGUAAUACCUCAACUGAUAGCGAGAAUUGAUUCCCCAAGAAGCUUGGUGGCCAAACUGGUUCACAUAUUGUUAAUAGAUAUAGGGAAAUUACAUCCACAAGCUUUAGUGUAUCCUUUGACUGUAGCGACAAAGUCAUCAUUCGUAACGAGGAAAAAUGCUGCUAGUUAUAUUUUGAAGACUAUGUGCUCGCACUCACAGAACUUGGUCAACGAAGCUGCGGUAAUAUCGGAAGAACUUAUUAAAGUUGCUAUUUUGUGGCAUGAUCAAGUUUUCAUAGCGCUUGUUGAAGCUUCUAGGUUAUAUUAUAGUGAAAAGGACUGCAGAGGCAUGUUUAAAACCUUAGAUAAAAUGCACACAAUGCUGGAUAGGCCUCCAGAAACAUUAAAAGAAAUCUCUUUUCUCCAAAUGUACGGCAGAGAUUUGCAAGAAGCCAGACGUUGCUGUGAACAGUAUAAAGAAUCAGGUGAAACCCGUUAUUUGAACGAAGCGUGGGAUCUAUACUACCAAGUAGUGCGUCGCAUCGAGUCUCAGUUCCGCUCACUAACGUCACUCGAAUUGCAAUACGUCAGCAAGAGGCUACACACAUGUAAAGAUUACGAACUGGCUGUACCGGGCUCAUACGUACCAAAUGAGAAAGUAAUUAGAAUAUCGCACAUACUCAGUCAUCUACAGGUAAUCAAAUCAAAACAGCGUCCACGACGGCUCACAAUCCAAGGUUCAGAUGGCAAACAGUACAUGUUUCUACUGAAAGGACACGAAGACUUGCGUCAAGACGAACGAGUAAUGCAACUAUUCGGAUUGGUCAACACACUCCUACAAGCUGACACUAACACGUACAGACAUGAUCUAGCAAUACAGCGUUAUGCCGUCAUACCGCUGUCUCCAAACUCUGGAUUAAUCGGCUGGGUGCCUCAGUGUGAUACGCUAUACAAUUUAAUCAGCGAUUAUAGGGACAAGAAGUCAAAUAAAAUGGCAUUAAAUACCGAACAGCAAAUCAUGUUGCGUAUGGCGUCUGAUUACCAGAAACUGAUGUUAAAACACAAGGUGGAAGUAUUUGAACACACGCUGUCACAGACGCCAGGUAACGACCUCGCAAGACUUCUCUGGCUGAAGAGCCCCUCAGCAGAGGCCUGGUUUGAACGUCGAACUAACUACACGCGUUCAUUAGCUGUCAUGAGUAUGGUCGGAUACAUACUCGGCCUCGGAGACAGACAUCCUUCAAACAUCAUGCUGCAUAGAGUAUCUGGCAAAGUUCUUCAUAUAGAUUUUGGUGACUGCUUUGAAGUAACUCAGACAAGAGAUAAAUUUCCAGAGAAAAUACCGUUUAGAUUGACUAGGAUGUUGAUCAAUGCAAUGGAGGUGACGGGCAUUGAAGGUACAUACCGCUUUACGUGUGAGUCAGUAAUGCACGUACUACACAAGCACCGCGACAGCGUGAUGGCCGUGCUAGAGGCCUUCGUCUACGAUCCGUUGCUCAACUGGCGCCUCGUGGACAACGAACACCACUCACUUAGUGAAUCCUCUUUCUCAUCAGACAUUGACUCCUCAUACACAUUACCAAGUAGAAGUCGCAACCAUUUACAUUACGAAUCUCUCGAAAUACCAGCAGAAUCGAAUCUGAACAAAAGAGCCUUGUCAAUUUUGAACAGGAUACGGGAUAAAUUGACAGGGAGAGACUUUCCUCACGUAGAGGCUGUGGUAAGCGUGCCUAAACAAGUGGAUUUACUGAUCAAACAGGCGACGAAUAAUGAAAAUUUGUGUCAAUGCUACAUUGGCUGGUGUCCUUACUGGUAG